ACUCGUUCCAACGUCAGCUCCUCAACUCAACUUAGGAAGAUAUAGCACCAGGACCAGGUGCUAUAUACACACUAUGGUUGCCAUUGCACCGCUUCCAAGUCCUCCCAGCUUGACAAACUCCACUAGCACUUUUGCUGCCACAGCCGAUCAGCCAUGACCCUCUCCGGCAGCGGCGAUAGCCAGAGCGGCUCCGCGAGGGCGCACUUCGUGCUGGUACCGAUGAUGGCUCAGGGCCACACCAUCCCCAUGACCGACAUGGCACGCCUGCUGGCAGAGCAUGGCGCGCAGGUCAGCUUCAUCACCACGCCGGUAAACGCCGCUAGGUUGGAGGGCUUCGCCGCUGACGUGAAGGCGGCAGGCCUGGCUGUUCAGCUCGUGGAGCUCCACUUCCCGGCUGCAGAGUUCGGCCUACCGGAUGGAUGCGAGAACCUCGACAUGAUCCAAUCAAAGAAUUUGUUCCUGAACUUCAUGGAGGCCUGUGCUGCGCUUCAGGAGCCGCUCAUGGCGUACCUCCGUGAGCAGCAGCGCUCGCCUCCUAGCUGCAUCAUAUCUGACAUGAUGCACUGGUGGACCGGCGACAUUGCAAGGGAGCUCGGCAUCCCGAGGCUCACCUUUAGUGGCUUUUGUGGCUUCUCGUCCCUUGUCAGGUACAUCAUUUUUCACAACAAUGUAUUGGAGCAUAUCACAGAUGACAAUGAGCUCAUCACGAUCCCAGGGUUUCCUACACCGCUAGAGAUGAUGAAGGCUAAAUUACCUGGAACCCUUUCUGUUCCGGGUAUGGAGCAAAUUCGUGAGAAGAUGUUUGAAGAGGAGCUGAGAUGCGAUGGUGAGAUCACUAAUAGCUUCAAAGAGCUCGAGACAUUUUACAUUGAAUCCUUUGAGCAGAUAACAAGGAAGAAGGUCUGGACGGUCGGGCCAAUGUGCCUGUGCCACCGAAACAGGAACACAAUGGCCGCUAGGGGUAACAAGGCGGCAAUGGACGAUGCACAGUGCUUGCAAUGGCUUGAUUCAAGGAAGCCAGGCUCAGUGAUCUUUGUAAGCUUUGGCAGCCUCGCUUGCACUACACCUCAACAACUUGUUGAGCUGGGACUGGGACUCGAAGCCUCCAAGAAACCGUUUAUUUGGGUGAUCAAAGCAGGACCUAAGUUUCCAGAAGUUGAGGAAUGGCUCGCAGAUGGGUUCGAGGAGCGUGUCAAAGAUAGAGGUAUGAUCAUAAGGGGCUGGGCGCCACAGGUGAUGAUCCUGUGGCACCAAGCCAUUGGAGGAUUUGUGACGCACUGUGGGUGGAACUCAAUAAUAGAGGGCAUCUGUGCAGGUGUGCCCAUGAUCACUUGGCCGCACUUUGCAGAGCAGUUUUUGAAUGAGAAGCUGGUGGUGGAUGUGCUGAAAAUCGGGGUGGAGGUUGGCGUGAAAGGAGUUACACAGUGGGGAAGUGAAAAACAAGAGGUUAUGGUUACACGAGAUGCCGUGGAGACGGCAGUGAACACCCUGAUGGACGAGGGGGAGGCUGCAGAGGAGCUGAGGGUGAGAGCAAAAGACUGCGCCAUUAAGGCGAGGAGGGCUUUUGAUAAGGAAGGCUCUUCCUAUAACAACGUAAGGCUGUUAAUUCAAGAAAUGGGAAACAAGACGAAUGCAUGUGGUUGAUACAGACGGCUCACAGGUGAUUAUUUGGAGAUUAGAGAUGAUCCAAAUGAAGGCAAUAUCAAUUGUCUUCUUUUGUACGCUCUUUUAUGGCAAUCCACCACAUAACGACUACACAGUCUGCUCUUCUAGAUGGUUACGCUCUCACUUGCAUUUUGCUACCGCUGUUGCACAACUAGCCAUGGUUGUCAAAGCAUAGGACAAUGCCGUGACGCCAAGCAGCUCAAGGAAGAAGUGUGCCCUGGGAGCAACUGGGGAGGGGGCGUCGCCGUGCCCUCGACAGUGUUCUGUUGCAUUGCACCAGACAUUGUAAAUGGCUUAAUAACAGACCUUGUUUCAUUGCUAAUUGCCACGGUCUUGUAUUAAAUUCCUUUUAGAUAUAGAUAAUUUUGGGAUAGAUAUAGAUUAUAUUUGGUCU